AUCCUCAGAAGCAGUUCUGUGAGUGAGAAAAGUUUGCCCUCUCUACAGAUUGGGACAUUGAGGCAUGCCCAGUUACACUCGUGUUCAAAGCUGCACAGCUAGGGACAGCUCGCAAUUUUUCUAUCGACUUAAAAAUGCCUUAAGAAAUAGUCUAUUAAUCAAAAAGUAAAACCAUUAUAGUCAUGCCAUUAAAAAAGAGAGAGAGAAGGAAAUUAUGUUUGUGUGUAUGUGUGUGUUAACCUAGAAAAACAUCUGAAAAGAUCUGCACCAAAGUAGUUGUAGUCUUUCAGGUUUAGGAUCAGGGAUGGACUUUAUGCUUUUGGAUUUUUCUGACCAUUGCUGUUUGCAAUAUACAUGUACUGCUGCAAAAAUCACAGGAGACAAUAAAACAAUUUUGUCAGCAACGAAAAAAGAGGAAAAGGAAACCAAAAGUGUGUUUUUACUUAUGAUUACUCUUGGGUGAAGUACUAACCUGGCUUAAAAAGUACCUUUUCAGAGUACAGUCUGAAGAAAGACCAGAUGUUCUAGGUUGCCUGUUAAAGGCAGGGAGUAGUUCUGGAAUACUGGAGGAAAGAGCUGGGAGACUGAACAGGGUUCAGAAUCAAAGGAAUGUUUGAUUUGCUGAGAGACAAAGACUCAGGGCAAAGCUCCUCCCUUACAAGGAAACGAAACCAACAGCAGCCCAGACUCAGGGCACACCUCCUCCCUUCCAAUGAAAUGAAACUAACUGCCUCCUGGACCCAGGCAGUGGAAGAGAUAGAAGCUAAAAGGUUUUCCCCUCCAGCUCUGCCCUCUCUGGCUCUCCUGUCCCAGCAUCAUGAUGGAGCUCAGUGAUACCCCGGCCAAGUAUCUAGACAAGUUCAUCGAAGACCACCUCCUGCCAGACGAGAAUUUCUACACACAGGUCAAUGAAGCCAUCCACAUCAUCUGCAGUUUCCUGAAGGAGAGGUGUUUCCAAGGGGCCUCCCACCCUGUUCGGGUGUCCAAAGUUGUGAAGGGUGGCUCCUCAGGCAAAGGCACAACCCUCAGGGGCCGAUCAGAUGCUGACCUCGUCAUCUUCCUCACCAAUCUUAAAAGUUUUCAGGAACAACUUCAGCGCCGAGGAGAAUUCAUCAAGGAAAUUAGGACACAGCUGGAAGCCUGUCAAAGGGAGGAAACAUUUGAAGUGAAGUUUGAGGUCCAGAAAUGGGAGAAUCCCCGUGCUCUCAGCUUCGUGCUUAGAUCCUGUGAGCUCCACGAGUGGGUGGAGUUUGAUGUCCUGCCCGCUUUUGAUGCCCUGGGUCAGGUGAUCAAAGGGUACAGGCCUGACCCUCAAGUCUACGUCCAGCUUAUCCAAGAGUGCGAGUCCCUGGGGAGAGAGGGCGAGUUCUCCCCCUGCUUCACGGAGCUGCAGCGAGCCUUCCUGAGGGACCGUCCAACCAAGCUGAAGAGCCUCAUCCGCCUUGUGAAGCACUGGUACCAAAUGUGUAAGGAGAAGCUUAGGAAGCCGCUGCCCCCACAGUAUGCCCUGGAGCUUCUGACAGUCUAUGCUUGGGAGCAAGGAAGCACGGAAACAAGAUUCAACACAGCUCAGGGAUUUCAGACCGUCUUAGAAUUAGUCCUGAAGCAUCAGAAGCUUUGCAUCUACUGGAAAAAGUAUUACAACUUUGAAAACCCUAUUAUUGGACAAUACCUGAGAAGGCAACUUGAAAAACCCAGGCCUGUGAUUCUGGACCCGGCUGACCCUACAGGAAACGUUGCUGGUGGAGACCCAUGUCGCUGGCAGCGGCUGGCACAAGAGGCUAGAGCCUGGCUGAGUUACCCAUGCUUAAAGAAUUGGGACGGGUCUCCAGUAGGCUCCUGGGAUGUGUCGCCCCAAGACCAUAGUGACCUGACGUACGAGGCCUGUGGUUUUAGACAGAGCUAUAGAACCUCUCCGAGACUCACAUUCCAGGGAGGAGCCCCUCCGCAGGUGGAAGAGAGCUGGACAUGUGCCAUCCUCUGAACGCCAGAAGCUCUUAAAGGCAAGGUCUCCGGGGCCAUCUGGGCCAGACCUCUCAUUUCUAGGGGCGGGGCGGGGGGCCUCAAUCCCAAGAGGGCCAUGAGUUGGCGUCAGACCUGGGUCCAGAAUCCAGGUCUCCUGACCCCUAUCCUUCCCGCCAUUCUGUGCUCUCUCUUCUUUUACAAAUAGCCUUUUCCCACAGCUCCCUCCCCACCAGAGCCUGUUCUCCGACAAUAUCCUCUGAGAGGCAGCAGGAGAGACUCAGACAAAAGAGAGGAAUCCCAGUCUUCACGCUCUUCUCUGUACCUGGUGGGAGAGCUGUGGUCCAAUUUAUUGUCAAUAACAACAAAAAUAAUAGCAAAUGCCAUUUGUUGGGUGUUAAUUAACCGCAAGGCACAGAGCCAAGAAGUAUAUCUGCAUAUUAUAUGUGUGUGUAUGUGUGUGUGCGUAUUCGUUGAUUCAACUUAAAAUAUUAAUUGAGCACCUGCUAUGUGCCAAGCAUCGUUCUGGGCACUGGAACAUAGCAAUGAGCAAAGCAGACAAAAACCCCUGCCUCAUGGAGCUGACAUUUUGUGGAAUAUUCUACUGUGGGAGAGACUAGGAUCCUUCCAAGUUUCAAUUACAGGUAAUCCUGAGACAAACAUCUUUGGUUCACCCUUUGUCCACAUCUCUGAUUAUUUAUCCAGGAAAAGUUUUAGAACUGCCCUGUGUUAAUACAGUAAUCACUAUUGAGCACUUGAAAUGUAGCUGGACCCAAUCGAGAUGUGCUAAUCUUUAUACUUUUUUGAAUUUUCAGAUUUUAUUAAUUUUUGGCCAUAAGUUUGUACUGUUUGUAUGACCACAAGAAAUAAUAAAGCAAUGUUUCUUGCACAAAAAAAUUUAAUAAGUAUUUCUCUCAGCUGAGCUCUGAUAGUUUGUGCAAAGCCAGCCGGCCCAGGUUAUAGAAAAGUCUGGGGCACUGGUAUUGGGAGCUGCUGGUUCAAGUCCAAAUUCAUGAGAUUUGGAAACAGAGGAGCACCUGUGGAAGGGAUGACGGAAAUGCUGGAAUGAAAAUUGGAGCACCGGAGUCAUAAAUUUUUGAUUUCCCGGAGAGAAAGCCCCAUUAUGGGCAGUUCCUUCUGGGGAAACAGAAACCGGCAGAUCUAAUGUUUAACCAAAGGAGACAAGGGUGGAGUCCCUCCCUGCACCCCCAUUUGAGGAACCACCUUGCUGUAGCCCAUAGCAGCUGCACCAUUUACAUCCCCUUCAGCAAUAAAUGGGGGGUUCAGUCUCUCCACAUCUUUGCCAACACUUUGUAAUUCAUGAUCAUUUUGAUUAUCACCAUCCUAGUUGGUGUAAAAGAGUUAUAUACUCUCAAAAUAAUCGGGCCUGCUAAGCAAGGUCAAGACCCUACCUGGGAAAGAAUGGGACCCUGACACAUAGACUGCGGACAUAAGAAUGGAAGCCCCUGAAAAUCUUGAAUCCCCAGACUCCUCUGAACCUGGGGUUCAGAAAUGUCCCAUCUACCCCUUCUGUUAAAAGCUAGCACCUCCCCCCUUGCAAGGAAACUCUGCAGAGGUCUCUCUUCCAUAAGACCCCGCAGGACCGGCACCCACUUGCCCUCCUGCCCACUAGGACUGAGUAGGGUUGAGUCCCAAAAUAGCCCAGCCGGGGGCGCGCUGGGCCUGCUGAGGGAGGGAUGGACCUAUAUCCCAAACAGCCAGAAGACCCGGUCAGCAUGUAGCAGCAAAAGUCAGGUGGGUGUGUGUGGAAGUGACCCCGAGGGCACUUGAUCAAGGGACUACAGUGUCAGGUCAGAUGCGGAAGAGUUUAUUGACUUGGAAGUCCCCUCCUGGAAUUCAGGACUUCACACCCUGGCAAGGACCCCAGGAGACCGUGCAGAGUUGCUGUUAGCCAGGCUCUUAGAAUGGAAAAAGUGAGAGCCUCUGCCGGGUGAGAACAAAAUGCUGAUAUUCCCAUGGGAGAUGGUGGAAGAUGGGAUUCAAAGGUCAGGGAAGUGAAUAUGCUUGGGUGGAUGUGCUAUAUAAGUCCAGAAAAGCCACCAAAUUAUCUCCCGUGGAAAAGCAGAGAAUACAACGUUACCAAGGCCAUAAAGAAUACGCCAGUGAGAGGACUCAGCAUCACUAAGAAGCUCGGGUGGCCUCCUCCAUAGAAGAUGCUGUCACAGGCCUCCUAACAGCACUGGGGAUGGUAGAACCCCGAAAUCAUAGCGGCCAUGAGACAACACUUACCCGUGACGUGGACACACUUCUCUUCGUGAGUGGUAGGGUGGAGGGGCAGUCAGGAUGGCCUGACCCACAGAGAAUUAAGGAGCUGGUCAUAAAAUAUGGUGUCCCUGGGGCCAAACUAAAUGGGCCACAAACGAGGGACGCUCAAUCUGCCCCAUCAAACUACUUCAAGGAUGGACCGUUAGAACACUGAGAGAUUCCCCCAAUAAAAAGUCACCAUCCCUUUCCCAGUGGCUUCCCAGGAGACCCAUCUCUGACACAUGACAUCUAAAUGUAACAUGAUCCUAGAUUUGGGGGAGGGGGGGUUGCUAUAAAGAACAACAUUGGAAUAAUUGGUAAAAAUUGAAUAUAAGAAUAUAUCAAUUGUAUAUGCUAUAAGAGAUGAUAGCAUUGUAUCAAAGGUACAAUUCUGAAUGGGGUUGUCAUUCUGUGUUUAUGUAACAAGAUACCCAUAUUCUUAGGGGAUACAUAUGGAAGUAUUUAAGAGUAAAGGGGACUGGGUGAUUCUGAUGUGUCCAUGAAGGUUCAUCACUUGUAACAAGUGUCCCACUCUCCCACUCUGCUGGGGGAUAUUGGUAGUGGGCAAGG